AUGCGGAACCAUGUCAAAGGCCUUACAGAAUUGCGGGUAGAUGGCAUUGGUAGGUCUUCCCUUGUCAACUGGUGCAGCCACUCCAUCAUAGAAGACUACCAGACUGGUCAGGUGUAUCAGAAUAAACAAGUGGACACACCCCUCUUUCCACCUCUUCCCAUUAAAAACCCAAUACAGAAGCCAGUAAAGAAACCAAUACACAAACCGAUACAAAAACAGAUACUCAAACCAAUACAGAAACCGGUACAGAUACCACUACAGAAACCCCAGCUACCUCAGCGACCAGCCCAACAGAAAUACAAUGGUUUUCAGAUGCAAAGCAAACAACAGAUGCUUCAGCAACAAAAUAUUAUUCAGCUGAAAAACAAGCAAGUCAUCCUUAAAGAACACAAUGAAAUAAGAAGAUCUGUAGUUCCAACAGCCAGGAACAUGCUGAAGAUGGUUUGGAAUGAGAGAGCUGCUAAAAAUGCUCAGAAAUGGGCAAAGAAGUGUGAAAUGGAAAUCAGUCCAACAGAUCAGAGAGUUAUUGACGGCAUCACCUGCGGUGAGAAUAUAUUGCUCUCCUCUCAACCAAAAACAUGGGCUGAAACAAUCCAAGUCUGGAACAGUCAGGGUUCCAAUUUCAAGUAUGGUUUUGGAGCAACUACAAAGAAUGCCAAUGUCAAGAGCUACGCUCAGCUAGUGUGGUAUAACAGCUACCAGGUUGGAUGUGCAGUUGCCUACUGUCCUAGGAACCAGUACAACUACUUUUAUGUUUGCCAUUACUGUCCUCCAGGAAAUAACAUAAUGCAAGUGGCUGCACCUUAUAAAAGUGGACCAAGAUGUGCAGAUUGUCCCGGCCACUGCGACAAAGGGCUUUGCACCAAUCCUUGCAGGCAUCGAGAUGCAUUUCCAAACUGCAGAAAUAUGAAAAGCUUGUUUGGCUGCCGCCAUUCGGUGGUGAGAGAGAAGUGUGCUGCUACCUGUAAAUGCAACACUCAAAUCAUCUAA